GAGGGCAGCAGCAGUUGUUGCGUGUGCAGGCUGCAGAUGAUCCUGCCUUCGAUGGCGUUGGCCCUUGCUCAGUGUCACAGUCGCCUUGUGGUGGUGAUAUAGGUCGUUGUGGUUGGUGGUGGUGUGUGUGUGUGUGUGUGUGUGUGGUAUAUAGAGAGAGAGAGAGAGAGAGAGAGAGAGAGAGAGAGAGAGAGAGAAAGAACGAGAGGUGGCGAUGAAGUUAAGACUCAUGAUGUGGUGUGGGGCGCGCGCCUACGCCAGCAGCUGACACGAGUAUAGAUAGCAGUGCCACUCUCGACCACACAAAAUCUUCUGUCUCCUUCUCUCUCGUGGGCCUUACUCACUGAGCAAAGAGAUCAUCGAGGCACGCGGCCUCCCUCCCGAUAUCCUGCUGGCCACGUCCUCCGUCACAAGAGGACUUGAGUCUGUAUCUUCUCUCGUCUGCUUAAGCGACUCAUGGGCGGCGGAACCUAUUACCUGGAUUUUCUCAACUGAUUUUGAAAGAUUAAACCAUUCAAACUUUAUUCCAUGCUCAGAAAAAGUUUCCUUUGGAAUGAAGAAAUUUGAGUUUCACAAUACAGAUAUUUUCUUUUCGUGCAAAAGAAUUCACGGUGAGGAUGUAUGAUAUUCAUGCGAAUUCAAAUGAGAAAAGCGAAUGAUGUUCAAAAGAAAUGCAGUGUAUAGUGAACUAAAAUAAUAUCAUGAUGAUGAAUUUAAUAUGAAAUGGGUUGCUUGUAAAUGCAAACAAUUCCAAUAUAUUGGCAGGAUCUUCGUUGUGAAUUGUGUUUGUUUGCACCGGAAUUGCUCCCCAGGACAGAAUUAUUGUCAAAUCCACCCAGAGCGCGGUGGGGAUUUCGAUAGGACACCGCAUCCCAACUCAUACAACUCCAUACAACAAGCCGUUUGUGGCCUUUCUCAAGCACCUUGCCAGUGAUAUACUUCGUGAUAUUUUCUACUUCACAUUAUUUGCAUCUCAGGAUGGACAGAAAGUCCCUGGACCACCCAUCGCUGAGGGGAACACCACUUGCCAUGCUGGCUGCUCAGUGCAACAAACUGACCAGCAAGAGUCCACCGCCAUUGGCAGACGCCGCAGUUGGUAAAGGCUUUCAUCCCUGGAAGAAAAGUCCCGUCGGAGGCGCUGCGGGUUCUGGUGGUGGGGGUGGAGGGGGAGGAGGAACCUCUGCAGGCGUGGGCACAAGCCAAAGGUCAGGCCCCGCCUCUACCCCCACCGGUGGUCACGGUUCUGCAUCCUCUUCCACCAGUUACCAACGACCCACCGUCACCACCAGUGCCACCUGCUCCUACCCUCAGCCAUCCGAUUUGUACUUCCCGUCGGCGUCUUCGUCCAGUGGACAGACUGACACAGCUCAAGCUUCCCUUCUCUCCAAAGUGGACGCCUCCUCCCAUAUCCCCGCCAUGAGUUCCAUGUACUCCAGAGUGGCGGGCGUCACACACCCUUAUGAGUCUUGGCCCUUCAACAGCAUGGCAGGAGCGGCCUCGGCCAUUAAACCCGAAGUGUCGGCUGUCAAUACCCUGAACACCACCAGCUGGUGGGAUAUGCACAGCGCAGCGGCUGCCUCUGCAGGAUCAUGGCUCGACAUGUCUGGGGCAACGUCAGCCGGCCUGUCUGGCGUGGCGGGUAUGUCACAAAUGGCCAAUUACCCCACGAGCGAUUAUUCCACGCUUUCACACACAUUAGCUGCCUCCAACACAGCCCACAUCCUCUCCUCCGGGCAGCACUUGCUCCAGGACACCUACAAAUCCAUGCUGCCAACCCAAGGGAUGGCUCCAGCUAUGGGCUCCCCCUUCGGACUCGGUCAACCCACGCUGCCGCAAGUUCCGUCUCCACGAUCACAAAGGCGGUACACAGGGAGAGCCACGUGCGACUGCCCCAACUGCCAGGAAGCUGACCGUCUUGGCCCUGCAGGUGCCCACCUACGGAAAAGGAACAUCCACUCUUGCCACAUCCCUGGCUGCGGGAAGGUUUACGGCAAGACGUCCCAUCUGAAGGCGCAUCUACGCUGGCACACGGGUGAGCGCCCUUUUGUUUGCAACUGGCUCUUUUGUGGGAAAAGGUUCACGCGAUCCGAUGAACUACAGCGUCAUCUACGCACCCACACAGGUGAGAAGCGGUUCGCGUGUCCAGUGUGCAACAAGAGGUUCAUGCGGUCGGACCACCUCAGCAAGCACGUCAAAACGCACAACGCCUGCAGUGCCGGAAAGAAGAACUCCGACGGCAGCGAGUGCGACAGCGAGAACAGUCAGAGCGAGCCGCCUUCCGUCUCUUCUCCGGCAUCUGUCAACACGCCUCCCAUCAACACGCCCACCACCCCCACCGCUCAGGCGAUGAGUCCGCCCGCCCCAGAUCUUAAGCCUAUUGUGUGAGACGAAUGGAUCACGGGUAUUUUCUGACUAUCCCUCCCUCCCUCCCUCCCCCACACCCCUUGCAACACGAAUCAUUUACUAAGUUGGUUCAUCUCCCUUGUACUGACUGACAGGUGGAGGUGGUGGCAGUGUGUGUGGGCGGAACAAAACAAUAUCAUUAACACAACAUCAGUCAUUUCAGCUCCAACAACGAUCACAAAAACAGCUUUAGUACAGAUACAGAAAGUAGGGUGCGAAGGGCGUUUUUUUUCGUCGUAUGCACAAACACAGAGACGCAAACACAUUCAUACACAUAUUCACACACAUUUAUACACUCUAUUCUUGUGAUAGUGGGCGUCGGAAGCGGCGCCCAUGGUGCUGGAUUGUCAGUGGGGAGAGCAAUGCUGGGUCCUGUUGUCAAGUAAGGAGGAAAGAGUAAUUCCAAAGAAAACAUGACGGAAAGAAAGAUAAAAAGUAUAUGUAACAGGUCAGUUAGUGUUCUUAAGAUUGCUUUGCCAUGCGGACCCUGUCGUGUUCUCUGCCCCCUGACUCUCAGUCACCGUGUCAGAAUGUGCCAAAUCUAGCGCCCUUCUAUAAGCCAUGUGUGUAAAGUGUCUAUAGUGUUUACUAAUGUAAGGUGAAUUUAAAACCAGUAUGAUAAAACUAACUACGAAGUAUUUAAGGGCAUUGGUUCCAAUAUAUAUAUUUUUUUCGUAAUUCCUGCCUUUCAUUCAGUUGCAUUAUAAUUUUUUUUUUAUUUUCUACGUAUCCAAACCAUUAUUUGUAGUAACGUACAAUGACUGUUUUAACGUCUGAAAUGAUAUAUAUACGGUUACCUCUAUUAUGCAACGAAACUGAGCAACCCUUUGAAACGGAGAUGUUGACAUUUCAAUGGCGACUGCAAACCCUUCUGUUGACAGGAGUUCCUCUGAAGCGACUGUGGCUACGCGAUUCAUUUAGUCUUUUCUCGGACGUUAUUAUUGCUAAACAAUUCCAAACGAUUCAGAUGAAAUUUCAAGAUCAAAGUAACUUUGACGUUUGGUGUUGACGAAAUAAAAAAUAAAUGUAAGUUUCGCUAUCUCGCUUUUCGUUCAAUUCCGAAUACAAUUAUUCAAAUCAUCGAUAAAGUUUGUUUCUCAUUCUCAUAUGAAAAGAGUCAAAGGCGGAAGAAAAAACGAAUCAAUGUUCUCCAUCUGGAGGUUCCUAUGUUGUCGAUUUACUCUCUUUCUCGCGGAAUUCCUGUGCACAAAGUGCUCGUUUUGUUCCUUUGGUUAUUGACGAAUAUUUUCAAUUUCCAUUCAGUGCAAGAACGAUGUUCAUUGGACGAGAUGUGUGAGGGAGGGAUAUCGGCCAUGGAAUUUAUCUCCUAUAAUCUCCCCAAUUCCAUACAACUGUCUACUUCUCCUACAGCAACUCUUUCUAAGCCCUGACUGAAAGUUAUUUAUCUUUCUCUCUCCCUCUCGCUCUGUGCAACACUCUAAGGAUUAGAUGAUGUUUAAUUCU